AUGGGCACUCGUGGAUAUAAAAUGUACAGGCACAAGAAACGAUAUAUACGAUAUUACAAUCAGUAUGAUUCCUACUCGGAGGGACUAGGUCUGGAUCUUCUGGAGACAAUUCCAAAAGACCCAGCUGAAUUCCAGACAUGGCUCACCAACACACGUGCAUCGCUAGAUACUCAGCUGGAAGACUGGGAGAGCUUGGACGAGAGGGAGAGAUCGUCGUCUGCCACCUACUCCAUUUCCACAGUGCUGCCCUGGAAUGACCUCCACAUUCAGUGGGUCUACGAAAUGAAUCUCGACCACCUUGUAUUCCUCAUCAAUAAUGCACCAAUGUACCGCCUCGACAACAUGCCCCCUUACGAUAUAUUCGUUGAGGCAAUCUCCUUCGAUUCAUUCGGAAACAGCGCUUUGAACGAGCAUACACCUGAGGAAUACCGAUAUGUCUGGUCAACUCCACCUCCGCCGGUGGCCGAUGCGACCUUGCGGGAUUACAAGACUUCGGCGCAUCAUUAUGUUUGCAUCCGACUCCUCGAGUUCCAUGUCGGCUGCGUCAUGUACGAACAUAGUCAGUUUCUGCAGCAGUUGGACGCCAUACCUGAUCACUACGACAUCCCUGAUCCGGUGCUCGCCAUUAUGAGUAAUUUGAAUGACUCCGUUCGUCUCCGGUUUUUGGAAAGUCGUGAAUGGGCCGAUAUGACGAAGAAUCGCGAGCUCGAAAUUGAUGGUGACUCACCACCAGAGUUCUGGUGGCCUCAGGGUGAUCUGUGUGCUUUGUUAUGUACGCAUCUCGACGAUCAACGACACCUUCAAGCAGCGAUCGUGGAUAUUUCCAGGCAGAUCUUGGACAAGGGCUCUACCUCGCUCGAGCCUGUCUAUUGUAUUCUGUUCUCCGCUCUCCAUUGUUCAAUCUUCUGA